GUCAAAAAAUUUAACACACCAGCAGUGUGAAGAGACCUGAAAGUGGCACAUGGCAGCAGAGUGUGGCGAUGGAGACAGCAGCAAUGGGAGGCCGUACAGGGACCCAUGAGAGACUCUGGACCUGGCAGCAGCAGGAGGAGGCGGUAUAGGGGCCCAUGGCAGAUUAGGGGCCUGGCAGCAGCUAUGGGUAGGCCCGUAAUCUGCCAGCACCCUAUGUCAAAAAAUUUAACACACCAGCAGUGUGAAGGAGACCUGAAAGUGGCACAUGGCAGCAGAGUGUGGCGAUGGAGACAGCAGCAAUGGGAGGCCGUACAGGGACCCAUGACAGACUCUGGACUUGGCAGCAGCAUG